AUGGAUGACGAUGAACCUAUUGAUGGGUUUAUCUCAAAGAUCAGCGAGCUAGCAAGUGAGUCUUAUGUACUUGGGAAGAAAUAUGAAGAAAAGGAUUUGGUGAAGAAGUUGCUGAGAUGGUUACCACCAAGGUUCGAAGCAUACAAAGCGGUUCAUGACCUUGAGAAAUUUGAUCGACUGGCAAACACUCAAAAGAGUAUUGCAUUUAAGGCUGACGCAAAUGAAGGUGACAAAGUCUCAAAAAUUGAAGAAACUUUGGGACUUAUGGCUCAAAACUUCAACAAAUUUGUUAAGCAUAUGGAAAAAGGAUAUGGUCAUUUCCGAAACGAGUGUCCCCUAGCCAAGAGAAAGGAGCUGAAAUGCAUUGAGUGCAAAGGAAUCGGGCAUAAUCGGAGUGAAUGUCCCAACACCUUAAAGAAGGAUAAAUCUCUUGUUUGCUUCAGCGACACAGAGUCGGAUAGCGAUAGUGGAGAUGAGGAGAUGCACUUAAACUUCAUAGCCCUGAUCGGACAAGAAGAUGAUAAGAAGUCUGAAAAUCUUGCUGAGUUAAGUGACCAAGAGGAAGACGAUGGACUAAAUCAAGAACUUGAAAUAGAGUAUAAGACAUUUUUCGAUAAAUUUGCUGAACUCAGUCAUGAGAACUUGCAACUUCUCAAUAACAAGGCCAUGUUAAAGGCACAAGUGAACAUUUUGGAGUUAGAACAAAGCUCGUUACAGACACCUGCUCCAUCUAUCUUAAAAGAGUCUGAUCAGGAAAUAUUAGCCUUGAAGAGAGCCAUGACUGAACAAGAAAGAGUUCAUAAGCAGUUUGAAGUAAAAGUCAAUCAGCUCAGUGAGUUACUUGCUAAGGAGGUGGAUAAGAGUAAGUGUGAUUUAUAUCCUAACUACAAGGAGCUCUCUCAAGUUGUGAUACCUCACAAGAGUAUUGAGCCACACACUGAGUCGGAACAAGAGUUUGUCUGUAACUUUGCUACUCUACGAGGCGAAAACGAUGUGAUAAGUAAUGUUGCUUUUACAAGUGCCAAAAUUCACAAUCAGGUUGAGACCCCAUGGUAUUUUGACAGUGGUUUCUCUAAGCAUAUGAUAGGAAAUCAAGACUUCAUUGAGAAACUUGAACACAUCAAAGGAGGCAAAGUUACCUUUGGUGAUGGAGGACAAGGAAAAAUUCGUGGUGUAGGUGUGAUGGAGAGGGCUGAUCUUCCCAGACUCAUUAAUGUCUAUUUCGUAGAUGGACUUAAGGCAAAUCUUAUCAGUGUUAGCCAACUCUGUGAUGAUGGAUUGGAGGUUUUUUUCAACAAAUUUGUUCGUGGAGUGCCUGAUCUAGAGAAUCAAACUGAUAUUGUAUGUGGAGCAUGCUGUCAAGGAAAGCAGAUUAAGAUUCAACAUAAACAGAUUACUGAGAUUCAUUCUAAGCGCAUAUUGGAGUUGGUUCACAUGGAUCUUAUGGGUCCAAUUACUCCUGAAAGCAUUGCUGGCAAGCGAUAUAUCUUCGUUCUUGUUGAUGAUUUCUCAAGAUACACCUGGGUUGAUUUCCUAAGAAACAAGUCUGAUGCUCUUCAGAGCUUUCGUAUCUUGGCGCUACAGCUGAAACAAGAAAAAGGUGGAAUCAUCCAGAACAAUAGUGACCAUGGGGGUGAAUCUCAAAAUGAACAGUUUGAUCGGUUCUGUCAACGUCAAGGAAUUCGCCAUCAAUAUGCUGCUCCUAGAACUCCUCAACAGAACGGGGUCGUCGAAAGGAAAAACAGAACGUUGCAGGAUAUGGCACGGGCAAUGCUCUGUGGUAACAGUGCCCUUUCAGGAUUCUGGGCAGAAGCAGUGAGUACCGCAUGUUAUGUGAUAAACCGGGUAUACGUGAGACCUAAGACAAAGACUACACCGUAUGAGAUCUUCAAAGGAAAAACUCCUAAUCUGAGUCACAUGCAUGUCUUCGGGUGCUUAUGCUACAUUCUAAAUGAUAAAGAUCACUUGGUAAAAUUCGAUGCUAAAAGUGAUGUUGGAAUGUUCCUUGGCUACUCGUCUAACAGCUCAUCAUACAGAGUAUUCAAUAAACGCACCAAGUUCGUGAGUGAUAACGUGAAUGUUGUGUUUGACGAUAAUGUUGGUUUCUACCAAGCCAGAGUAACACAAACCAUUGACUGUGUGACACCAACAAUCGCUACACCAAUCGAAGCUCAUGUUAAGUAUGAGUGCCAAGAGGAAGUUGAACAGGAUGCAAUACUAGUUGAUCUUGAUCAAGGACGGGUACAUAAGAACCACUCUGCUGCAGAUGUGAUUGGUGGAGUCUUCGAUGAAAGGGUCACACGCAAGAAGCAAAUUGACUUCAAUGAAAUGGUUAAGUUGGUGUGUUUCAUGGCUAAGAUGAACACUGUGGAGUGCUUAGUCUCUCUGAUCGAACCUAAGAACAUCCAAGAAGCGUUGGAGGAUGAAUACUAG